GCCUAGCAAGUUUUUCAUCCACCUCGUAAAGUUUGGAGACGUGUUGCUCUGCUGAGUUUGUCACUAGUUUUAUUUAGAAUAUUCUUCCAGUCCAGGACCAGGUGGAAACAUUGGCUGUGUAAGAUGUCGGUCGCUGGGUUUAAGAAGCAGUUUUACAAAGCCAGUCAGCUGAUGAGUGAGAAGGUUGGAGGUGCAGAGGGAACCAAACUGGACAAUGACUUUAAGAUACUUGAAAGGAAAGCAGACAUCACCAGCAAAGCAUUACUGGAGGUCAUGAACAAAACAUCAGAGUACCUCCAGCCCAACCCUGCAACAAGAGCUAGACUUAACAUGCUCAACACAGUGUCCAAAAUGCGUGGACAGGUGAGCAAUCCUGGCUAUCCACAACCUGAGGGCCUGCUUGGAGAGUCCAUGACUAAAUAUGGACGAGAAAUGGGCGACGAGACUGGCUUUGGUGGAGCUCUUGUAGAUGUUGGAGAAGCAAUGAAGAGGAUGGCUGAGGUCAAGGAUGCUCUGGAUAUCGAUGUGAAGCAGAAUUUUAUUGACCCUCUCCAAGCAAUUGCUGACAAGGACAUCAAAGACAUUCAGCACCAACUAAAGAAGUUGGAAGGUCGUCGUCUUGACUACGACUAUAAAAAGAAACGUCAGGGGAAAAUCCCAGACGAGGAGAUCAGGCAAGCUCUGGAGAAGUUCCAUGAGUCUAAAGAGCUGGCUGAGAUGUCCAUGCACAACCUGCUGGAAACUGAUCAAGUGGAGCAGAUGAGUCAGCUGGCUUCCUUUGUGGAUUCUCUGCUGCAGUACCACAGGCAGGCCACACAGAUCCUGGAGGAAGUUGAUCAGAAACUGAGAGAAAGUGUGAAUCAGGCACAGUCCCGUCCAAAGCGCGAGUUUAAGCCUAAAUCAAGACAACAAUCCUUUGACUACGGAGAAAGUUCAAACGGAGGAAAUUCGCCUUCUACAAGCCCUCAAGUUCACUCUCCCGCACCAACACAAUACCCAGUUCCAUCCUUCCAAAGGUCCUCUGUCAGGAGCAGACCAUCUGAGCCACAGUGUAAAGCUCUGUAUGACUUUGAGCCAGAAAACGAAGGAGAGCUGGGCUUCAACGAGGGUGACCUCAUCACUUUGGUCAAACAAAUCGACGAGAACUGGUCAGAAGGAAAGCUUCAUGGAAGAACUGGAUACUUUCCCAACAACUACGUGGAAGUGAUUGUGCCCCUGCCGCAGUAAAUCAAGUCAUGCAGGAAAGGAACAUCAGGAUGGUUGAAAGUUACACUAUCUCAGUUAAAGCGCAAACAUAGCAAGGAAGUCGAAACCUUUUUUUAUUCUGGGGUUAUAAACACACUUCUGUCAAGAUUGAAUGGAUCAUAAGAACUACUGGUGGUUCCAUGAUAAGAAAAGUUGUGAUGUUUGGGUGCUUUUGUUAUAAUUCUUUAUAAACUCUUUUUGCACCUAUGCACUUUUUUACACUACAUCUUUUCCACCAAAGUGAAGGCAAAAGA